AUGCCAGUCUGUCUCCUACUGUGGAAAAGCACUUUCAACCGCUUCGACGGCCCGACCAAUCUCGACUCCGUUGGUAUCAACGGUCCGGCGAGUUACUCGAGCGUGCCCGCCAACAUCCACGGCGAGAAGGUCUUCCUCGUCAAGCUGCAAAUUGGUCUAUCUCUCGAUGCAAUGGACGUCAUGAUCUACGACCGACAGCGAUCGUUCGGCGAAGUGUACUUUGCCAAAAACGAGGACGCGCAACUCUUUGCAGACAUGAAAGCGGAGAUGCGGGGCCCUCGUGGCGGCUUUAAAGGCGUGAAAAUGUAUCGGUAUGCCAAGCGGGUCAGCGAUUGGAAAUUGAACCUCUGUCUGGACAGAGCCACUUACCGAGAUCAAGUGGUAGGUGCGAGGUAA